GGACUCAUGGGAAACGUUUGUUAAAGUGCAAGUAGAGAAUCCUAACGCAGCUGCAGUCAGAGAUCAAACUUUGAUAAAUGAGCAACUGCAACGAGGAUCGCGGCUAGUAAAGGCUAAGAAUAUGAAGGUGCUGAACUUAGACCAAGUUUUGAUGGAGCUGGGGAGCUACGGAUCUUGGCAGCUGAGACUGUGGAUUGUACUGUGCAUUAGUUUCAAUUACCCAUUUGCCUGGCAGUUUUUCACAAUUGUGUUCAUCGGUGAAGAACCUGCUCAUCAUUGUCGGGUUCCCGUUAACAAUACCUUAAAUGGAUCCCUACCGAUAAACAAUGGAGAAUGGGACAAAUGCAGAAUGUUCAUCAAUGACACAAAUCAAACUAUGCCUUGCAACAAUGGGUGGGAGUACGCCGAGGGAUUUGAUAAUGUUGUUACAGAGUGGAAUCUGGUUUGCAACGACGCUGCAGUUGCGCCAUUAAUGCACACAGUUUUUGUGAUAGGUGUGGGUGUAGGUGGUCUCGUCUUCUCUGCCCUGAGUGAUAAGUUCGGGAGAAGUCCUAUACAUAUCAUCUGUCAUAUACUAUCAGCCAGUAUAGGGAUUGGAAGUGCCUUUGCCCCCUCACCCACUGUCUUCACCGUACUGGCAUUCUUUCGAGGGUUUGCAGUGCAGGGUAUCAUCCUAACUGGUGUUGUGAUGGCGAGUGAACUAUUUCCGUCCCUAGUCCGUGUAAAGAUGGCAGCAGCUGUUCAGUUCUUUUGGUCUACUGGGAUCAUGCUUACGUCACUCUGGGCAUUCGCUCUUCCAAAUUGGAGGCAUAUGUUACUUGGUAUAUCAUGUCCAUCUUUCCUUGCUAUCUUUAUGAUCGGGGUGAUACCUGAAUCUGUCGUGUGGUUGAUGUCUAAACGAAAACACGAAAAAGUAGAAAAGACUCUUAGAAAGAUAUCAACAGUUAAUAAAGUGUCCCUUCCGGAGGUGACGUUAACUCCUUCAAGGCGAGGAACGAUUGUAUCAUUAACGAAUAACCCCCUACAUGACGCUAGACUCUCUUUGGCAAGUCUGGGGGCAGAUGGUUUGCGACAAAGACUUUCCGUACCAGCAAGGAAUAGCGUUGAGCCUUAUACACAUAAGGAAAAGUACACAAAAAUGUCUGUAUUGAGCGACAGUGUUUUGUACACCGCGGGACAUGAUGUCCAUAUAAAUGCUACUGAUGAUAUUAAAGAGGCUGAUAAGAUGAGACGAACUGGUGAAAUCAUCAAUAAACAUUCGCAAUCAAUGGGUGAUAAUAUCGAUGAUAUAAGAAUACGUAUUCCCGAUUUAGACAAAAUUCAAGGAAGAUCCGUGAGUGAUGGGUCAACUGUUGACCGCAUUGGCGAUAAUUUAAAUAAAAAUCAAGCACAUAGAUUUAAAGAAGUUAAAGACACAGAUGGUGAUAUCCCAAAGACUGAUGACACAACUGUUGGUCAUGGUGGGUCCGUGGAAUCAGCUGCCAGCCACGAAGCAGAUUUCGUUAUAGGAAGCAGCGACUCGACUGUUGAUAGUAAAGAUGAUAAAGUUGAUAAAAAUCAUAAUCCACAAACUGCUGACAAACAAACCAAACAUAUCUAUGCAAAAAUGGACAAUGUUGCUCAAAACGACCAAGAAUACCAAACAAAGUACCAAACAAAGAAAACGUCAACGGUAUCACAAUCUGGAAAGCCAAAGCGUGAUUUCACACAACGUAAAAUUAGUUUUGCUGAUGACUUGCAAGAUUUCGACAUCACUCAGUACGCAUUUGAAAAACGGAAAUCAAGUGCUUUAAGUUAUGGCACCGGGGAAAUCGCAGAUACGUUGCCUCCAAGAAAGAGUUCUGUGUUGAGUGGAGCAAGAUCAAUUUUAGAGAAGCGCCAACACAAAUACUCGAUCGGAGAAGUAAAUGAGGACAUAGAAGCGGAUGUCACAUUGUUGGAUAUGAUAACAAAGCCAAGAAUGAGGAUGAUCCUGAUCAUCAACAUAUUGUAUUGGUUUGCUGUGAAUAUGACGUAUUUUGGCGUCUCUAUGGGAACAUCAACGUUGGGUGGUGAUAGAUACAUAAACUUCGCCUUAAAUGGUUUAGUGGAACUACCUCCUGGAUUAAUAUGUAUGUUUGUGCUUCCGAAAUUUGGACGAAAGAAGCCUAUGUUUCUAUUCCAUGUUGUAUGUACAAUCAGUCUGCUCAUCAAUUCAUUCGUUCCAGAGAAAACAGGAGAUGGUGGUGAUUUACUUCCACUGCUUAUUACAAUGUACAUGUUAGGGAAGCUGGGAAUAAGCGGAUGCUACUUAAUCACAUUGUUCUUCACCCCUGAGUUGUUCCCUACAAGUGUUAGGAAUGUUUGUUUGGGAAUCGCCUCACUAGCUGGAGUGCUGGGAGCCAUUGUCGCUCCGUAUAUCCUGGAAUUGGCUAGUAUAGGUGAAUGGCUUCCCGGUGUUGUUUUCAGCGGUGUGUCACUCAUCGCUGGCUUUAUCAUCCAAACACUUCCGGAGAGCGUCAACCUUCCCUUGCCGGAGACAGUCGAAGAUGUAGAGGCGAUGCCACGUGAGCCAACCAGCAGUAACGUGGUCUGGGAGGACUACCAAGCCGCCACGGAGAUCGAUAUAUACGACGCCAUGUAUGACGGGUUUCAGCCAAGCCCAAACAUUCCAACCAUUCAUGAAGAUGAUGAGAUUGAUAACGGAAUGGAUAUUGAUAAUAAUUCUGCUGCUGCUAAUGCUGGUGAUAAAGAGGGCGCUAAGUCUUAGUUACUUGAUAUUACAUGCUUACAUGUGCCAAAUCAGAGAUAGUUUAUGGGCAAAUUCAAAUAGUUCAUUGUUGUUUGAUGACGACAUAUCUCCCAAUUCGAAUCCAACGACAGGUGAUUUGUGACUACAGACGCAAUUUAAAGAAUAUCUAUAAGUUGAUCGACUUUUUAGGAUCACAAACCCUCUGUUGACAAGAUAUCAAGUCGUAUAUUAAAACGAGUUGUAUGCCAACAAGGAUUUUCAACAAUAUAAACGGAAAUGAUCGAGAAAUCAAGAUGCUAAGAGUCUUGUUGGUUUUCUGCAUAUUAUGACAAAUAGCACGACCAAACCUGCCCUCUAUUCACCCAUAUACAUGGUAUCAAAUAAAUAGGAUUUCUCCUUAUCUUAACAAACACAGUACCCC